AAUAUUUUUUCAAACCGUUCAUUUUUGGCACUCUCAUGACUCCAUACAACACAUCUGAUUGCGCACCUGAGCGGCGCCUGAAACUCGCCUGCUGAUUGGCUUCCUGGACGCUGCCUGCUUCCACUCAAAGCUCAGCUGCGCAGAGUCUGGUCGAGUGUCGGGGGUCCUUUAACAACCAGGCCCGGGUAAAUGGUAGGAUUCACGGGGACAAUCAAUCAUGGAGUUACUGAAUCGGUAUCUGGAUAGAAGUAAUUCUAUGAGCUCUGUCAUGAGUCAAGAUCUAGUCAAGGAGGAGAACCUGAGAGACGACCUGAGGUAUUAUUUCAUGAGUCCAUGUGAGAAGUACAGGACCAGGCGACAUAUACCCUGGAAAAUGGGAGUUCAGAUUCUGAAGAUUGUCAUGAUCACCACACAACUUGUAUUGUUCGGCCUCAGCAACCAGCUGGUGGUUGCGUACAAGGAGGAAAACACCAUGGCCCUGAAGAACCUCUUCCUGAAGGACUACAGUGGGGUGGAUGAGGACGACUUCAGUAUUUCUGUUUACACUCAGCGUGCUGUCUAUGACAGCCUGUUUCAUGUCAUCGAUCAGUACAGCCGGUUGGGUCAGCUCUCCGUGGGCCCGAUCAGCUAUGCGGAGGAUGAAGAUGGAAGGACGAAGCUCAUCACCAUCUGUAAGGAAUACUACAAGAGAGGGAACUUGGAGCCUUCGGAUAAGGCUUAUGAUAUAGACGCUCAGCUGGAGACAGUCUGUAUGUCAAAUGGUCCAAAGACAGCAAAAGAGUGGAAAACUCAGAAUGCAUCGUUUUUUGAUCUGGACUUUUACAGGCUUGUUGACAUCAAAAUAACAUUCCAGCUGAAGGGAAUCAACCUGCAGACUGUUAGAUCACGGGAGCUACCCGACUGCUACUCCUUCAAUGUCAUGAUUACAUUCGAUAACCAGUGUCACAGCGGGCUGGUGAAAAUAUUCCUGGACAUAGAUUUUGAAAGCAGUGCGUGUCGAGACUGGAAGAUCUCAGGGACAGCUGAGAAGAACACACACUAUCUGCUGGUGUUUGAUGGCUUUGUCAUCCUGGUUUGCAUCACAUCAGCUGCACUGUGUACUCGCUCCAUCAUCCUGGCUGUUAGAUUACUCAAGAGAUUCUCACUUUUCUUUCACGAGAACUUUAAUCGUAAAGUGUGUGAGGACGACCAGAAGGAGUUCUUGAAUGGCUGGUAUGUGCUGGUCAUCAUCAGCGACGUGUUGGCGAUAAUUGGCUCCAUACUAAAGAUGGAAAUACAGUCAAAGAGUUUGACAAGUUACGAUGUGUGCAGCAUCUUCCUGGGAACAUCUACGUUAUUGGUUUGGGUCGGUGUGAUCAGGUACCUGGGAUACUUCCAGAAAUAUAAUGUCCUGAUUUUAACCUUGAAAGCAGCUUUCCCUAAAGUUCUGCGUUUCUGCUGCUGUGCUGGCAUGAUCUACCUUGGUUAUACAUUCUGUGGAUGGAUUGUACUGGGACCAUACCACGAGAAGUUUGAGGGCCUGAGUCGGGUUGCAGAAUGUCUCUUCUCUUUGCUGAACGGAGAUGACAUGUUCACCACCUUUGCCCAGCUGAAGGACACCAACACUUUGGUAUGGCUCUUCAGUCGGGCUUACCUCUACUCCUUCAUCUCUCUCUUCAUCUACAUGGUGCUAUCACUCUUCAUCGCCCUCAUCACUGACUCCUACGAGACCAUUAAGAACUACCAGAGGGAUGGGUUCCCACUGACAGACCUGCAGAAAUUCCUCCAAGAGCAUAAAGACUUCCCUGUUACAGACAACGGCCACACAGAUGUUGAGCUCAGAGACUCUAUGUGCUACUGCUGCUACUGCAGACGGUACGACGGCGCUCACAUCGAUGUUAAGAUGCUGCAGUAGUUGUCCAUCUUUACUGAGGUGCUCAGAUUCACACAAGUCACAAGCUUUUGACGUUCCUGUAACAAGAUGUGUUUGGGUUGUGGUAGCCCCCUGAACUUCUAGACAGAAGAAAAACAAUGGAUUCUAUUUUUCUUCAGAUCUGAACACACCGACACAGACUUGUUAUGCUCCCUCUAAGAAGAUUGUCUUAAGCUUACUUAUUAUGAUGUUUGAUAUUCUUCAGAGGUGCAGACUCGUGGAGGGCUAAGGGAUGUUUGGUUGAGUCAUUCCAGUCUGGGAACAUUGUCUAAGUUAUGAUUGUUUGUGCAAUAAAUUGCUAAAUAACUUAUCCAUCUUUUCCACAGUUGCCCUUAGAUCCCUCAUUUUUAGUACAUUUUCUGUUAUUGAAAGCCUUUGAUUUAGUGGCUAACAGUUCCACUUAAUUGUUAAGGAAAAGGAGAAUAUUUGAAAGAAAUUGCCAGUCAUCCAUGAGUUUGAGUCCUUGAUCUGUUUGUUUGCACUCGUGUUGAAAGAAUGUGCUUCAGGGGAUUCUUGGUGCCAUAAAUCUCAAGCAGAUUUAGCAGAAAAGACAGCGGGAUUGAAAUGACUGGCAGUCUCUACACCAUCAAGCUGGCUGUUUUGGGAAAUGGUGCAAAUUUAUGCCUAUAAAGUAGUUUUAGUGAUUCUGUGUUCAUGUCAGUCUGACAUCAGGGAUCUAUGUCAUCAUAUGACUUGAAGCCUUAACCUUGGUUCUUUUGAAACAAGUCACUACCUAAAGCACCUCUCCACUGAAGCUCACUUGGUUGAGCGUUUCAGACGCACAUGCUGGAGAUCUCAUUGCUGGGUGUAGUUAGGUCUGACCUGUCGCCACUCAAAGUGACAUUCUCAGUUUAUGCACCUUAUUUGAUUGUUCAGUUGAACUGAGCAAUCAUUUAAAAUCCUAAAUUGGGUCAGACAAAAGAUAUGUAUAGAUUUGGCACAAAAGAAUAAGUAGCAUUUUUAUUGAAUAAUUAAAGAAAAGUUAUGUGAUCAGAUCAUAGGAGGCUCAGCAUUUAGUACCUGGCUCUCAUUUAAGCAUAGUUGAAAUUUAUGAGGACUUUAAAAUAUUUACAACCGGAGUGCCUAUUUUGUUGCUGCAGAAUCCUAUAAAAUCCAUUUUAAUUCUAACAAAAAAAUCUACCUAUUUUUAUCAGAUUUAUUAGUAUUUAUGUACGAAAUUAGAAAAUUUGUAACAUCUAUGCAAUGAAAUGAUUGUAAAUGUUUGUUUUUGCACAUCUUGCACCUUGCUUAAUGACUUGUCUUUUUCUAUACGUCCGGUUUUCUGUGCAUUCCUUUCCAAUGAUCCAAUCCCUAUCAUCAGCAAGAUUUCCCCCACGCUGUGGUCUGGCUCCGUCUCCCUCCGCCUGAGAGCAGUGGAAUUAGUGGUGGGAGCUAUGUGGACACACCCAGUGAUGGGCAGAUUACAGAGUUACUCUGGGGCUAAGCAGAACAUGGGGAAGAACCCACCACCCCCACCCCAGUUACUACCACCACCUCCCUGCUCCACUUACGCUAGAGCUCUCUUGUUUUACUGCUGUGGUUAUGUUCACCGUCUGAAUAAUGUGUGAGAAGUGAAAGAAUCAUGUGGGUUAGAAUGCCCCUACGUUUUAGUUUUAUCCAAAUUACCUAACAUCGGUUCCUCUUUCUUUUCAUUUUUUAAAAUCAGAUGUCAGAUGAUGACUGUUGCAAAGUCAUCUUAUGAGUCUGUCCUUAAUGUAACUAUAAUUGUCUACAGAACCAGUCUCAACAGUGACUGGAAGAUUGCAUUAAACAAUUUUAUUCUUAAAUUUCCCUAUUAAGCUUAUAGUUGUUCAGGAAAAUGCUUUUGUGUUUACUGAGAAAACUAUGUUCUGUGGUGUAAAAAGAUGCUGUUUUCGCCAGAAUUGUAAAGGAGCUUCAAAUGUUUGUAAACACUGUAAAAUAAAUUUAUAGUAAGGU